GGAGAGCAGCUGCAGAGACCACCCAGAGGACAGGAUGCCACUCAGCAGAGCUCUGAUUCUGGGGGUCCUCGCCCUGGCCACCGUGCUCAGCCGCUGUGGCGGUGAAGACGACAUUGAGGCUGACCAUGUAGCCUCCUAUGGUGCACUUUUCUAUCAGUCUUAUGGACCCAAUGGCCAGUACUGGUUUGAAUUUGAUGGUGACGAGUUAUUUUAUGUGGACUUGGAUAAGAGGGAGACAGUCUGGAGGAUUCCCGAGUUUGGCAAACAGACAAGCUUUGACCCCCAAGGUGGAUUGCAACAGAUAUCUGUAGGAAGACAGAACUUGGACACCCUGACUAAGGAGACCAAUUCCACCCCAGCUACCAACAAGGCUCCUGAGGCGACCGUGUUCCCCAAGUCCCCUGUGCUGCUGGGUCAGCCCAACACCCUCAUCUGCUUUGUGAACAACAUCUUCCCUCCCGUGAUCAGCAUCACAUGGUUGAGAAACAGCGAGUCAGUCACAGAAGGCGUUUAUGAGACGAACUUCCUCCUCAGCCGUGACUAUUCCUUCCACAAGAUGUCUUACCUCACCUUCAUCCCUUCUGACGAUGACGUGUACGACUGCAAGGUGGAACACUGGGGCCUGGACAAGCCGGUUCUCAAACACUGGGAACCUGAGAUUCUGGCCCCCAUGUCAGAGCUGACAGAGACUGUGGUCUGUGCCCUGGGGUUGUCUGUGGGCAUUGUGGGCAUCAUGGUGGGCACCAUCUUCAUCAUUCAAGGCCUGCGAUCAGGUGGCACCUCAAGACACCCUGGGCCCUUAUGAGUCACACCCUUGAAAAGAAGGCAUGUGGCCCUCUCCAGGGAGGAAGUAGUGUGCUGGGUGACCUGGAGCAGUGUGUCUUCCAGCCCAAUGCAUCAUCUUUGUCUUCCCCAAGUGUCCUCCAUCUGUCUUUUCUCUUGGACCUGUGGCUGUCCCUGCUUACAGCUCACACAUCCUUGGCAUUCUCCCCUGAUCUGAGUUUUAUUUUUUGGCAUCUUCCAAAUCAUAUCUACUGUAGAAUCUCUCAGAGAUCCUGAUUUAGUAGCACCAAAAAUAUAAAAAAAAAAAAAAAUCCAAAAAAACCCAAUAAAUCUCCUCUUAUAAAUUGUC